AUGGCUGCUAAUGAAUCACUUAUGUCUUCUGGAAGCGAAACAUUUACAAAAGAUACUAACCCUGAAUUAGGUUCAGUUAAAUUUGUUCCUACUGAUGGUGAUAUUGAAGUAUCAAUACCAACAAAAAUUAUUGGUUUAACUAAAGAACAGUUAGAAGAAUAUAGAAAUGAUCCAUUUUGGAAGUAUAUUAGAUUUUUUUCAUUUAUCCUUUUUUGGAUUAUUUGGGCAGCUAUGUUUGUUGGGGCAAUUCUUAUAGUUGUUUUAUCACCAAAAUGUUCCGGAAAUGUAGAUACAAAAUCAUGGUUUGAAAAUUCUAUCUCUUAUCAAUUAUUUGUCCCGACAUUUUAUGAUUCUGAUGGUGAUGGUGUUGGUGAUUAUAAAGGUGUAUCACAAAAAUUAGAUUACCUUAGAAAAAUUGGUGUCAAUUCAAUUUGGCCUGCACCAAUAAUUAAGACAGAUAAAGAUGAUUUUGAUGUUAAUGAUGUUGUUGAUUUUGAUAAAAUUGAUGAAAGAUUUGGUGAUGAAGAAACUUUAAGACAAUUAAUUGUUGAUGCUCAUUAUCAUAAUAUUAAAUUUAUUGGCGAUAUCCCUUUAACUAUUAGUAAAAAACAUAAAUGGUUGAUUGAGGCACAAAAAAAUGAAUCUAGUAAAUAUAAACAAUAUUUUACUAAUAUUGAUGAAGGAAUUUUAAAUUUAUCUGAUAGUGAUGUAAAUGAAAAUUUCUUAAAUGUCAUCAGAAAAGUUGUUGAUUAUGGAGUUGAUGGAGUUUAUCUUAGAAAUCCAAAAGACAUUGAUGGUAAAAGUAUUGGAAAAUUAGUUGAAUCAAUAAAACAAUUUACACCAAAAGAUUUUGUAAUAUAUACUGAUAAAUCAAUUAUUGAAUCUACUCCAGAAACAUAUUCUAUUUAUCCAAUUUUCACAAAAUCUUGUUCAUCAAGAAAUCUUCCAAAAUGUAUUUAUUCUAAUGUCAAUAGUGGAAUAAAUAAUCAAACAUCAAAAAAAAUAAUGUGGAAUUUAUUAGAGAAUGAGUCAGAGAGAUUAGAUAAUAAAUUUAAUGUUGGUUCAGAAAAAAUUGUCAAUCUUCUUACUAUGCUUCAAUUCAUUUUACCAGGACCAUUAAAAGUAAAUUAUGGUGAUGAAUAUGGAUUACAAACAAGUCAAUCAAUGAAUGCCAAAGAGAUGCCAAUUAUGUCAUGGAAUAAUGAUAAUCACAAUGGAUUUUCAACAGCUGAGGGAGGAUUAAUAUUUGGAAAAGGAAAAAAUGCCGACAAAGUUAAUGCUUAUGAUAGUCUUCAUACAUUAGGUGGUAUGUCAAAAAUUUUCCAAAAAUUAGGAAAAUUAAGAGAACGUGAAGAUAUUUUAAAAAUUGGUACUACUGAUGUUAUAUUAGAAAAUGGUAUUUUAUAUGUUUAUAGAUAUUUAGAAAAUUUAUCUGGAAAAGCAUAUAUAUUAGCUCUUAAUCUUAAUCUUCCAACAACAUUAGAAAAAACUAUUGGAAUUGACGAUAAAUUUCUUAUAAAUAAAGAAAAUAUACAAGUAGUUACAUCAUCAUAUGGUUUUGAUAAUUUUAUUCCACGUGAAAAUAUUGAAAUUAAAUCAGGAUCAGUUACCUUAAAACCAAUGGAGGGAAUUCUUCUAAGAGUAUAA